CCUCUAAUUAGAUCUACUUUCGAAAAGAAGAAUUUAUUUUCUUUAAAGAUCAACCCUAGAGUUCAAACGCUUUUUAACUUUAGCUUGAACCUUGAAGUUAUCGAUUGUACAAAUCUGAUCUAUCAAGCAGAAGCUUUUGUUCUUUCUCUUGGAGUGUAGUUACGAUGGAUUUGAUUGAGAAACAUGGAAUUGAGUUAGUAGGUGUAGCUGUAGCUCUCGUUGCUGUUGGAGCCGCUUACAUUAUACUCUCCUCCAAGAAACCAAAAGCUUGCUUAGAUCCAGAGAACUUCAGGGAGUUCAAAUGUGUUAAACGUACUCAACUUAGUCACAAUGUUGCUAAGUUUAAAUUUGCACUUCCUACACCUACUUCAGUGUUGGGUCUUCCUAUUGGACAACAUAUUAGUUGCAGGGGAAAGGAUAGCCUCGGCGAAGAUGUUAUCAAACCUUACACUCCAACUACCUUGGAUACAGAUGUUGGUCACUUUGAACUAGUUAUAAAGAUGUACCCACAAGGAAGGAUGUCCCACCAUUUCAGGGAGAUGCGUGUAGGUGAUUACAUGGCCGUUAAGGGACCCAAGGGACGUUUCAAGUAUCAACCUGGCCAAGUUCGAGCUUUUGGGAUGCUUGCUGGAGGAUCUGGCAUUACCCCAAUGUUCCAGGUUGCUCGAGCCAUAUUGGAAAACCCAAUUGAUAAAACCAAUGUACAUCUCAUUUAUGCAAACGUAACCGUUGAUGACAUCCUUUUGAAGGAAGAACUGGAAGGCCUUACUAGUAAAUACCCUAAUCGCUUCAAGGUGUACUAUGUUCUGAAUCAGCCCCCUGAAGAAUGGAACGGUGGUGUUGGAUUUGUAUCCAAGGAAAUGAUUGAGGCCCACUGCCCAGCUCCUGCUUCCAAUAUCCAGAUCUUGAGAUGUGGCCCACCACCAAUGAACAAAGCCAUGGCUGCUCACCUCGAAAGUCUUGGGUACACAUCAGAAAUGCAAUUCCAGUUCUGAUCCUCAGUGUUCUCCAAGUUCUGAUCUUUAGUUUUCUCUUACAUCUCCUAUUUGUUCCCCAUCUUUACGUGGCUGAAGUUAAGAAGAGACAUUAUUUUAUGAUCUAUGUUCUUUUGGGGGUUUAUCUGCAUUUCUAGAACGAGUUAUGUAAAACAUCUGAACUAGUUUUCAGGAUUAAACAAAAAUAAAUGAUUUUUCCUUACUAAAGUUUAUGACCAUUUCACUCCA